ACCGGUUUGAUACCACUUCCAUCCAUUGGUCCUUUCAUGGCUUCUAAAAGUAGAAACCAUCCGCCGUUGUGCACUCUCCAACCUCCGUUACAUUUACACAUAUACUGCGCCAGAGCUCGCUAGCUAAGGUAGCUAGCUCCACUAUAUCAGUAUACAUCGCUCUCCUUUUCCCUUUCAUCUCCUGUGUGAACCACAGGAACAACAACUCCCCUCCCUUGUAGCUCAUAAUUGCUAGAUCGAUCGCCUGGUCAUGGAGAAGAUACAGUGCGGCUCCAAGAGCAAUGCUCACCGGAGCCCGACGGCCGGCGGGAGCGGUUCCAGCAAGAACAAGCGGAAGGCCUGCGGCGGGAAGGCGAUCAAGCUGGUGUACAUCGACAACCCGAUGCGGGUAUCGACCAGCGAGGCGGGCUUCCGCGCGCUCGUGCAGGAGCUCACCGGCCGCCACGCUGACCCUUCCAAGUACACCGGCGGAGGCGGCGCCGUCGACGUCGACGAGAGCAGCGCGGGAAGCCCAGCCGGGCCGCAGAUGGGCCCAGCACCGAGCCCUGGAAGCACGGCGGAGUCGUCGGAAGGCACCGCCGCGUGCAGCCAGGACGUCGUCCCGGCCGCGGCGGUCGGGUAUGCGUACGGCGACGAGGAGGAGGACAGCUUCCCGGCGCAACUGAUCGACAACAGGUACUCCGUCUUCUCGCCGCCGACGUUCCUCUACGGCUCGCACAACGAGUUGUGAUCGAUCGAUCGAUCGAUCUGUGAUCCAGCAGAAACAUGUACGUAUUGCGCUUAAUUGCACGAGGACUACUUGUAUCAUAUGUGCAUGUGUGUGUUCAUCCGUACUCCUAGCUAGGUAACUUUAUUAGAUCCUCUCCCAACUUCUGUACUACUGCUCCAAAUUAAAAUUGUAUCGUGUACUACUGCUCCAAAUCUGUUUAUAGUACUCUUAUGUGG